UAUGACAUCAUCCAUUCAAGCACUGAGACAAGCCUGGACACAUUACUGUAUUUACGUCGACUUGACUCCUUCACUUUACGCACGCGCACCGAAAGGACAAUGACAAUAUAAAUAACAGCAACACGCGUGGAUUGUCAAGAUAUUUUGUCCACUAUCGUUGAGUACCUGUCAACCUGGGGAGACGACAAAGACGACGACGAUGGUUCUGGAGGAUGAGCUGACAUCCGCGGCUGCCACGGGGAACACGGCCGAGGUGAAGCGACUCCUCCAGGCAGGGGCCGACGUCAACGGGGCCAAUCGGCUGGGUUACACCGCGCUGCAGGUGAUGAUGAUGGGGAGCACGCCUGUGGCCCACCUGCUGCUGGAAGGUGGUGGCGACCCAAACGUAGCCGACUCAAGUACCGGGAGCACACCGCUGCACGACGCGGCCCGGACUGGCUUCAGCGACACCGCGCGGCUUUUGGUCCGCUUCGCUGCCUCUCCGCAGGCCAGGGAUCACUCCAACUGUCGGCCCGUGGAUGUGGCUCGGAGAGACGGCCACGAGGACGUCGUGGCCUUUCUGAAAUCUCUGUGAAGGACUGUUUUUUUUUAAAUUAUUAUCAUCAUUAUUAUUAUUUUUAAGGAAUUGAGAUAUUGAAUUUAUUUAUUAAAGUUUUUUGGAGCAAAAUCUGUAUUAUGGUUAGGAACAAAGGCUGGUACUAUCAGUAGGACUUUAAAAAAAAAACAAAAAAAAAACGUUAUUUAUUAACUUUAUAAAUAAUUAAAUGGACUUAUCUCACUAAUGUAGUCUAUAACUGAUGUUUAUGUGGAUGAUGCACUUAAAAACACUGUCUCAACAGAGCUUUAUAUUUGAAUAGAAAAAGAUCAACUAUUCAUUUUCUCCCACGUUGCUUAUUUUCUUUGCCAUUUAAAACGAGAUGAGUUUUUCACUUAAGUCAGGUUUAGAAAAAUGGUGUCCACACUUAAUGCAGGAAAAAAUGCACGUUUUGCACAAUUUAUAACACCUUCUGACCACCUUUUGGUUAUCAUUCACAUUUUCCUAUUUUUUGUGCAAUUUAAGGCAUGCCUGUUUGUGUACAGUAUACCAAAUCAGCACGUAAGAAAUAAAAACGAAUUCCAAACCUGU